GUGCAAACUUGUGUGUUUGCACGCACGUGGAAGUGGAAGAUGUUCAUCGACUUGCAUCGUUUUGAAUCUCUCAAUGACUUACCCUUCUAAAGAGUGAUUUAUAGCCUGGUUCAUCAGCAACUGACUUGAUCUCGGCUUUCUGUGUUAGCUGCGCUUACGCUCGCUAUUCAGACAUUCGCCAUGCUGGUCAUUCCUGUUCACACACUGUUAUGCAUACCAAGGCAUAGAGUGUUGGGUGAUUAUGUCUCUCCCGAUUUCGUGGUAACGCAUAUUGGUCAUGUUAGGAAGGUCGGAACUUCCUCGUACAUUUUUACUCACCACGGCGCCCAGUGUCCCGCAAUCUAUGGCGUUGUAUGAAUCACGAGGACACGGAUAGCACUAUCCCCAUAUAAUGGGGAUCGUCGAGGUUUUACUCUCAAUCACCCGCAACACCCUUUUCAACCACUCCCGCUGACAUUAAUUCGAACAUGUCCAAACCGACGUCAUCAACCGAUAGCUCACCAUUUCCAAGCGUCCGACGUGUGGUGACUGGCCACAGCUCUACCGCAAAGGCGAUCAUCCUGGACGAUUCGGUCUUACCUUUUGUCUACUGGGAAGGUACGAGCGGGAGUGCUGUCCACGAUGUAUAUCGAACCCACGAAUCUCCUGCUAUUCUUGGUACCGAGAUCAAUGGAGAGUGGGUAGAUGAGAUCAAGCUCAAUGACGCAUUGGUCAAUCCAAAUGGGUCUGCCAUUCGGUCGAUUGACAUGUAUCCCGGGAUGUACGUGAAACCUCAUCGGACGUGGUCAAUUGAUCACGGUAUCGUUGUGAAAGGCUCAGUCGUAAUUGAGUUGGAUGAUGGUGAAAGACGAGUGAUCAAUGAGGGAGAUGUUAUUGUUCAACGUGGAACCAUACAUUCUUGGAAGAAUGAGUCUUCAGAAUGGAACAGGAUCUUUUUCGUGAUGCUUGGCGCAACGCCAAUUGAGGUGAAGCCUGGCCAGAAGCUUGAAGAAGUAUCUGCGAAGUGAAUAUGUAUCACUGAGCAACGGAGGGGUUUUUACUAGCUCGAAUGCUCAGGAGUAACCGAUGUUGAUAGUGUAUUGGCAGUGGUGCUCACACAUUCAUGUUUGAAUCCACAGAUGGGAAACAUCUGUUGCAUGUCAUCGGUUCUCGGUAGACCAAAGGGCCCUUGCUCACAAUAUUCUGGUCCACAGGUUGUGCGUCUGAGUCUUACUCAUAAGGGCGCUCGUUGCAAAGUAUGUUUCUCUAUUCCUGGAACACAUGUUGACUUUUCGCCCCACGGAUGUUCUGUUGGUACUCCGCCCAAGCGGGAGCAUGUUAGUGAUGAUAAAUUGCAUACUAAGCC